AUGGGGGGAGUUGACGUCCAGAACCUUAAAUUUCCACGAUUCGUAAUGCAAUCGCUGGCUUCCGUCGAGAUGCACGGAUUCUGUGAUGCUAGCACAGCAGCUUACGGCGCUUGCUUAUAUUUGCGGUCGGAGGCCAAUGGCAACGCUGAAGCACAUCUACUCUGCGCCAAGUCUAGAGUAGCUCCCUUAAAAGCUUUAACAACACCAAGAUUAGAACUUUCAGCAGCGUGUUUAUUGGCUGAGCUUAUCGCAAACGUUAAGGAAACCAUAGGUUUCGAUUGCAGCUUUCACUGCUGGUCGGACUCGUCUAUUGUGUUGGCUUGGACUCGGCAGCCUCCUAGGGAGUUCAACGUAUUUGUGUCUAAUAGAAUCGCGAAAAUCCAGGAAAUGACGAAAGGAACGGCUUGGCAUCAUGUUCCAACAGACUUGAAUCCGGCGGAUGUGGUAUCGCGCGGAUGUACCCCCAAAGAAUUGCUGGAGCACUCCCUUUGGGCAAAUGGACCUCCAUUUCUACUGAAAGGAGCGUCGAACUGGCCCUCCCUAUUAGAUGCAGUAAGGAACCUUCCAGAACGGCGUUCCACGGCGCUAAUUGGAACCGUUGGCACUGACAUAUCUAUCAACUGCAAGUUUCUCAACUCAUUCGACAAGUUGCGGCGUGUUUUGGCGUACAUUUAUCGAUUCAUUUCAAAUUGCAGAGCCAAAUCAUUACCUUCAACCAUCUAUCUUACCGUUGACAAGAUCAGCUUCGGAACCGUUCUGCUUCUAAGGAGCAUUCAACAGGUUCACAUAGCGGUGGAGUAUGAUGUUCUUAGCCAAGGCAAGCCUUGUCCUCCGAAGAGCAAGUUGAUUUCUGUGAGGCCAAUACUUAGCUCUGAGGGUUUACUUCGUGUUGGUGGAAGGCUUCAAAAUGCGAGCUUGGACUACGAGGCUAAGCAUCCGGUAUUGUUACCCAAGGAUCAUCCGGUCAUUAGAGCGAUUAUCAUCUUUUAUCAGAGAUAUACUUCCACGCAGGGCCACAGGCGUUGCUCGCUGCUUUACGGCAAAGGUAUUGGCCACUUGGAGGCCGAAAGUUCGUGGCUAGCGUCAUCAACAAAUGCGUCAGAUGCUUUCGGAUGA